AUGGCCCCUAGUCUACGAGAGUUGAUUGAUUUUCUCCUCGCAGAGAUUGCUCUCUGCGGUGAUCAAGGCGCUUCUCCUUCCGAUGUCUUGACGUUCAUCAAUACUUUCUAUGCCAAGGCUGCACAAGAUGCAUCCACCCGCAGCCAUGUCGUUGACCGGCAAUUUCAGGAAAAAGUCUGGUCGUGGCUAGCAAGAAACCCUGAAGUUUCUAUUGGUGAAAAUAGAGAAUGGAAUGCUCUGAGUUUUAGUGAUGUAGAACGUCGUGUUAAUGAUGCAUCCAGCUCUGAGCACACUGCCCAAAGCCCAAUUCGUGUUUUUGUCUCGAAGGAGAGGACAUGGCUUGCUAUCACAGGCCAUGAGCCAGACGAAAACAAACUUCUUGCCACUGAAUUCGCUCUACUAUCUAUCAUCGCAUCGCGCAAGUCAAAUGGUAUUGCUCAGACGGAAUUGGUGAAACUGAGCGGCCAAGACAAGCGCUCAGUCCCCAAGCGAACUGACCAACUGCAGCAAAAAGGCUACAUUGAGAAGAGGGCUAUCCAGAUCAAAUCAACCCGAACUAGUCUUUGCACCCUACGUAAAUUUAUGCAAGCAGAGCAAUCAUCUGCGGAAACCACAAAAGACCAAUCCUCGGGCCAACCACAAGUGAUCGACUAUAAGGAAUUUAGCAAGCAGCUUUUCAGUAUCCUUCGGGAGCAUGAGAUCAUUUCCCGUGUUGAUCUCAAGAAAAUUCUCGGCUUUGCGGAUAGAUGGCGGUGGCGUAUCCUCUCUCGUGCUCUGCGGAAAUUUGAACGCAUAGGCGUCUUAAUGCGUGUCAAGGCCAUGUCGCAGUUUUCUGAGAAUGAUAAACAUUAUUUUGCUUGCGUGAAGCUUAUACGAGAACCGACCGAAAAGGAUUUGGAGUUGUUCCAUGAAUUUAGUCGAGGCAUCUCAACCAAUCUGGAGCAGGAUGAUAAUGCGGAACUGGAUGAAGACGUAGACCCGAACGAUGCGACAAGGGAAUCUCCUCUGCUAAAUAAUGGCGAAACGCUCAAUGUGAUGAAACGAGAGGAGGAUACAGAUGAAGCAGGUCGCAUUCUUCCUGUGUGGUCUCCAGACCAGACUAUCCACAACCUGAUCCUUGACGUUGUCGAAAAUGCGGGGACUGACGGAAUUAUGAAUCAGCAAAUCAUCAGAAAAUGCUUUGGUGGUUUCUACCGUCGGCCACUGGAGAACACAAUGAGUCGUCUGGUAGAAUGUUGGCAGCUGUCACAACCAUUGCAUCUACGCCAUAUGGCUAUUGUACGAGACACGGUACUAAACCGCACGAUAACUCAGUAUAACCAUUUCACCGCAACAAACUUUGCAAAGCUUGUUGAGUCGGGCGAGUCAGCCUGGGAAGCUGUUGAGUUUACCCCGAAAAAUCCGAAGGUGGACAAGAUUCGCGCACCGCCUGUUGACGCACAGCCUGAGCUGGAUAAGUAUGGACUGCCUGUGGCUGUACCUGCAAAGGAGCUCCUGAAAAAUGGCGAUGUUUCUCUUUUGGAAUGCAUAGUUGCAGUGGACCCGUCAAGCUACAAUGUCACCAACACUGAUGCCGCAGCAAUCCGACUUAAAGAUGGAACAUACGCACUCCACUGUGGGCAAACCAAGGCGCCUGCGGGAAGUAAAAGGCUUGCUACAGGUUCUGACAUAGUAACUCCGAGCAGACCGAAAAGACCACGCCUCGAUGUAUCAGAUUCGGAGAUGGGCGAUAAAACCCCAGGCAGUUCUAUCUCGACUGUCAAACGCCGGAAAGUACCAAGGGAUGAGUCUGCAAAGUUCCAAGGAAUGUCUGAGAUCGAGAAGCUUAGAGCUCUUGGUUUAGAUGAGACUUGGACGGAGUACAACGCGCUGCUGAUUCAACGUCCACAUUCUGGAGUUUAUGUCACACCACGUGGAAGGCGAAGACCUACUGGCAAAAGACAAGGUCGUCCAAGGAUCAGUCGAAUUGCUGUCUUCAAGUCCCCGAAGCUGUCGUCUUUUCCCUGGUUUCUGGAAGAAGCUGAAGCAGGCGGCCAAGACGACGGAUCACAACAGCCUUCUCGGGAACAGACUGUCGAAGAGACUGUUGAAGAAAAUGUCGAAGACACACCUGUUCCCACACCCAUUCCCAAACCUGCCACGGCAAGUAGGAUCCUAGAUGCUGCUCCUGAAGAUAUAGAUGCCACACCUUCCCGAGGCACUAAAAGACGCUCAAGGCAACCCGCAUCUAAACUUGAAUCUAGCCCAGCAACUAUGCGCACUCCAAAACAGAGACGCAUUACGGACUUUACCACUAAGGCUAAUAAUGCUUCUAUGAUUGGUACUAAAAAUCCCGAGGCCGUUCCAGCUGGAGACUCAAGACAGGAUCGCCCUGAUGUUGGCAAUGAUGAUAAAACCCAAGGGAAGCCAUUGAAACGGAAGAGGGCUGAGUCACCCAACCAAAAUAGCCAAGAGGUUGUUGUAACCGAGAGAAGUUUAAGAGAGAGCAACGUUCAUGCGACACAGGCCCUAGAGGUACCAUCUUCCAAGAAGCCUCGCGAAGCAGUCGGAAAUGAGGCAAAUAAAGACGCCACAGGCGCUAAAGACAACCUUACAACGGAUCAUGCUCCUGUUAAUGACUUAAAUGGAUCGGCACCAAUGGAGACAGAGGAAUGCAACGCCGCGCCGACAGACGGGGUUGCAGUGGGCCAAACACCAGCAUCUCGGACUGUUGUAGACCGCCAAGAAGUCAACGCCAAUCCCUUGGAGCGCCCAGAUACGGAAACGCUGGGUGAGGGCAGCAGAGCGAGAGAAAAUGUGAAGGAAAAGAAAGGUUCUGUCGGUUUCAUACGGCGAAAGAUUAUUCUGGACAUUGUCGAAAAAGCUGGCGGGGCAUUCCCCAUGGGAACUGAGAUAUGGUACCCGUUCGCGACUGCAUGGAGGAAGACCAAGUACAAAGAAACCCCCGACCUUCGUACGAUCAAAGCAACUGUGAAACAUAUAAUCGAUGCUGGAAAGCUUCGCCAAUUAACCUUUAGUGGGAAGGAUAACAAAGGGGUUAUGGUAACAAAGAAUAUCAUAACUAAACCCGACAUGCGGGCAGAUGACCCCCUAGUCAUCGAUAUGCAAAAAAAGAUGCUGGCUGCAGGCUCCCGGCAUUACAUUCCAGAUAAUGUCGACUACGAUCCUGAAAUGACAAAGACUGGUGCAAGGAGAGUCACUUUUGGAAAAGACGGCAGAGACCCCAACACGUAUUCCAAACUUCCUGUCGAGUCAGCACUCACAGUACAAUUGCAGUAUAAACCAGGCUUUGUUGUAGCCCAGGAGAAGAGGAAGGGUCUGAGCGUUCAGAAGCGACUACUGCAGAGGAUCGGGGAAGGGAAGGAAAAUCAUUCAAAAGUGGUUCGACUCUUGUCACUCCAGCGACCGUUGGCACAAGACUCUAUUACUCCUGGAAUGACUGCUGCUACAAGGCCCGAUCAAAUGGCCAACCAAGGUAGAAGGCGGAUCAAACCAGGACGUCAACCUUCCGUACUUCAAGCGCAGGACGGCUCAGCCGCCGAAGGUGGCCGGAGAAUGAGACGCCUUUGGAUUCCCAUAUCGUCUAUGGCACCAUACGCGAUGCUGAUGAACUCAAGGCAGACGUUCUAUGCAAAUACAGGAACCUUUUCGACAGACGGAGGCCUUGCUGCUCUGCGGGCUGCAAGGCAUGACCAGAAGAAAGCGCGCGAGUUACCACGUAUUCUUGACGCCACCAGCGACAAAACACCUGAACUGCCUCAUUCGCUUGAUGAUUUGUUUAGCCAGACACGGCGACGCCCUGUUGACUACUCCGAAAGUGCAGACCCCCGAUCGAACCGGUUCUUUUAUGAUACGAAUGUGAUUAUGCGAUGGGAACUUCAAAACGAAGGACUACUCGACAAGAAGAGUGCAGAUCUUUGGUACAUCAAUCAGACAGUGCAGAAUAGUUUUGAUAGCGCUGGAAUAGAGGGUAACAUACGGUUUGACGUUGAUGAACCGGAGCUUCCAGCGCGUCCUCUGCCAGAGCCCAGGGUUACCAGGCAAAGGGGGCGCCGAUCCGACUUCUCUGCACAACCUGGUACCUUUGGCACAAUGACGCUUCUCGGACCUAACGGACUCCCGAUAUCUCGGACACUGGCUCCUGGAGUAACGCAGAACCGUCGCUUGGAGAAACUCAAUGCAUCAAUGGCAGCUGGCGAUGAGUUCGAUACGACAAUACAACCUACUGGAUCUCGAGCACCUGCUCGUCGGAAUCGUACUGGAUAUCAAUUGCCGCACUUGCUGACUCAAAGGAUCAUGAUUGCGAUUGUUGUGGUCCGUGCCUUAGCGGGGGGUUAUGAAGGUAAAGUUGUCGACUGGACACUCUUUUCUAACAGCUUUCCGGAUUAUGAUCCGCUUUUCAUCCAAGCGAAAGGGAAGUACGUGUUAAGCAAGAACCGGCUCCAGUUGGCGAAAAUGCAGAGCGACUUCCAAGAGCGUUAUCUUGAAGCAUACAGCAAUGGCCAAGUUCCUCCGAUCAACUACGAUGACCUCGAGGGGUAUGAUUGGGAGUGGAUUGUCGAUUGGGCAAAUGCUCAACUCGAUGUCCCCAAAUCCGAAAAGCUCCUUCCGGACCUACCCGCCACACGAGAGCAAUUUGACAGUGUAUUCGAGAUUCGGGAGGAACCGCCGAGCACUCUGGAUGAUAUUUAUCAGACCACUCAGCCAUUGACCAUCAAUCGCAAGCGUAACCUUUUUGCGAGCGUCCCAUUUGCCCUCCCUUUGAUCGAUGAACACAAGACGCCUACCCCUCCCAAGCAGGAUCUUUCUCGCUUGGAAGUGGUCAAAUCAUGGAUUCGGGCCAAUGUAGUUACUCCGGAAGAGGCAUACAGACCUGCCGAGGCCCGACAGGCACUGUCAUACAUGGGAACUUUUAUAGAAAACGCCAUCGGGUCGCUGGUAACAGAGAGGAUCAUAUCCAUGGGUAACAGAGGCAGGAUCACGCCGGGCCGCAACUACGACAUCACAGAUCACUUCCUGCACGCAUUGGGACGUAAGCGACUGAUUGAAAGCACUCAGCUCCGACGGGCAGCCAGGUUCAAAACGCAAGUGCUCGACCCAGCACUACAAUCUGAAGGCAAAUUUGAGAUCAAAUAUAAUGCCGAAGACGGCGACAUACUAGCGGAUAAGCUCCGCUUCGCAGUUGAGCUGUACCCCGUUGAAGAAACCUACGUGUACGGGAACCCGAUUGAGAAGGAACUCAAGGAUGUUCCGGCGCCUUGCCCGCCCCGAGCUACGAACAACGGGGCGGCCUGGGUACCAGAAAAAAUCCCUCUAUGGUGUGAUAUACACGGUGGCUUCAUCAAGCUACUGUGGGAUUUGGCCGUCGCCGCAGUAGCUGGCUGUGUCGCUAGCAGACCGGGGCUCAGCGCCGCGAGCAUUGCCAGCAUGAUCAAACCCACAAUGGGAGCAUGGGAAAUUGAGCAUCUGCUGAAAUGGAUGACAGAGAUUGGGGCCAUGCGAAAGGAGGGCCUAAGUGGCGAGAAAGAAGCUGGAUGGAUCCUCCAAGAAUGGUGGUGGAUGAUACUAUGCUAG